GUUUAUACAUCAUCAUACAAGACGGGCCGCGGGUCGAAUAGUCUAACCUCCGUUAUCUCCUGAGACUCUCCAGUCUAAUAAGGAGAAGGUAAGGCUGGCAUUACUAAUUACAAACUGAGGAUUGUCCUAUUGUCAGAAUAUGAUUGGUUCUUAGCCGUGUAGCUCGACCUCAAAUCAUGCUGGAACUUUUAACCGCGAGCAGGGUUCAUUUGUCAUCGCGCGUGGUUUAGCUUGUUCCUUUGAGUCUUUGACUUGUAUUAAAGGGGCUGUGAUACUCGGUUGACAUAUAUAUAUAAUCGUCGGUUGCUUCUGGUAACUAGUUGACUUAGGUAUCAAGUAACUAGUAUAUUUUACCUGGACAGGAUUAAAUCUAAAAUCCAACAUGGCCGCUUCCCCCUCUAUUCUCCUCAUCGGCGCCGGCGAGCUCGGCACAGCUGUCUUGGAGUCCCUCGUCGCGCACCCCAAGCGCAACGGCGGCUCUAUCGCCAUCUUCCUCCGUCAAUCAAGCAUCUCCUCGCAGGACCCAACCAAGAAGACGCAGAACGACCGUCUCAAGUCCCUAGGUGCUGCCUUCGAGGCGGGCGACCUGGCGAACGAUUCGGCGGAACAGCUCGCUGGGGUGUUUAAGAAGUACCACACUGUAAUCUCCUGCUCGGGCUUCGGCCUGCCGCCCGGGACCCAGGUCAAGCUCACGCAGGCGGUCCUGCAAGCUAAGGCGCGGCGGUAUCUGCCCUGGCAAUGGGGCAUCGACUACGACGCCGUGGGGGGUGGUAGCGCGCAGGACUUGUUUGACGAGCAGCUGCGCGUGCGCUCGCUGCUGCGCUCGCAGCGGGAUACGGACUGGAUCAUCGUGUCGACGGGGCUGUUCACGAGUUUCCUGUUCCUACCGGCCUUCGGCGUCGUCGACCUCCAACGGCGGAAACUGCGCGCCUUGGGAUCGUGGGAUGCGCGGCUGUCGCUUACUACGGCGGCGGAUAUCGGGCGUAUGGCAGCGGAGGUGGCGUACGACCCGCGGGACGUCUCGCGGCAGGUGGUGUAUAUCGCGGGGGACACGGUGACGUACGCGCGCGUUGCGGAGCUGGUGGAGGGGAGGUUUGGGGGGGAGUGGACGAGGGAAGUGUGGGAUGUGGAGAGCUUGAAGGAGAAGUUGAGGGAGAGGCCGGAUGAUGGGAUGCUGAAGUAUACGAAUGUGUGGGCUGUGGGGAGGGGCGUGGCGUGGGAUAUGGAGAGGACGCUUAAUGCGCAGAGGGGGGUUGAGUUGCAGGGUUUGGAGAGUUAUUUGAAGGAGAUGCCGGAUUUGUAGGUGGUGGAAAGAAAUGGGUUUGAGAUGGGAGGUUUUGUUGGAUAUAGAGGUUGCGAGGCCUACAUAGGUAGGUACUUUGAUGGAAUGUUAAUGCUAAUGUAAAGUAGCCUUAAUAUAUAGCAACCCGUCUCUGAUGA